AUGCCGUCGAAGGUGUCCUGCCUCUACCUGCUCACAGUGGUGUGCUGGGCCAGCGCCCUGUGGUACCUGAGCGUCACGCGGCCCUCCUCGUCCUACAUGGGAGGGCUCAGCCUCCCCCUGCGGCAGUCGGGAAAGCAGGGGAAGAACGGCACGCUGGGCAACAUGCGCACGCGCUCCCUCAACCCGCACGACUUUGACUAUCUCAUCAACGAGGACCGCAAGUGCGAGGCCGAGGUUCCCUUCCUGGUCAUCCUGAUCAGCACCACGCACAAGGAGUUCGACGCGCGCCAGGCCAUCCGUGAGACGUGGGGCGACGAGAGCGCCUUCGCCGACAUGCGCAUCGUGACGCUCUUCCUGCUGGGCCGCAACGCCGACGCCGUGCUCAACCAGAUGGUGGAGCAGGAGAGCCAGAUCUUCCACGACAUCGUGGUGGAGGACUUUGUGGACUCGUACCACAACCUGACGCUCAAGACCAUGAUGGGCAUGCGCUGGGUGGCCACCUUCUGCGCCAAGGCCCAGUACGUGCUGAAGACGGACAGCGACAUCUUCGUCAACAUGGAGAACCUCAUCUUCAACCUGCUGAAGCCCGCCACUAAGCCCAGGCGGAGGUACUUCACGGGCUACGUGAUCAACGGCGGGCCCAUCCGGGACAUGCGCAGCAAGUGGUACAUGCCCCGGGACCUGUACCCGGACAGCAAGUACCCGCCGUUCUGCUCGGGCACGGGCUACGUGUUCUCGGCCGACGUGGCGGAGCUGGUGUACAACACCUCGCAGCACACGCGGCUGUUGCACCUGGAGGACGUGUACGUAGGCGUGUGCCUGCGCAAGCUGGGCAUCCACCCCUUCCAGAACAGCGGUUUCAACCACUGGAAGAUGGCGUACAGCUUGUGCCGCUACCGCCGCAUCGUCACCGUCCACCAGAUCUCCCCUGAGGAGAUGCACCGCAUCUGGAACGACAUGACCAGCAAGAAGCACCUGAAGUGUUAA